AUGGAAUGGCAGGAGGAGGAGAGCAGUGAGGGGGUGCAGAGCAACAUUCGACCCAGGAAAAGGACCACGCCUAAGGCGGCCGACAGUAUGACCGACGCGAUUCAGGGCCUGAAACAACUCCUGGAGCAAGACUUCAAUGAGAAAAUUGAAAUCAUGAAGACAGAGUUCCAGCUCGAGUUCACUAAGCUUAGCGACCGUAUGACCGAGGAAGUCGCUAGGACCACGGCCCGGAUGGCACAGGAAUUGUCGCAGGUGCGAGAGCAGCUUACUCAGGUGUGCAGCGAGCUGGAGUGUACCCGACUGCAGCUGGAUACCGUGAGCGAGGCUCAUGCAGCACGAUCGCCUAGUCAAUCAUAUGCGGAUGCUGCCAGGAUGACGCCUAUUAGUAUUACCACUCAAACUCCAUCCACGGUUCGAUCGGCAACCCCGGAACAGGUGUUCUGCACGGUAGACACAUCCAGGGUGCCCGAGGAUCAUAUCGGAGACGCUACGCCGGCAGUGCUUCGCAGAACCAUUGAACAGGAAAUGCGAACGUCUAGCGACCAACCUAGUUGGCGAUGUGUUGCAGUGACCAGAGAUGGACGAAAUACCAACCGCCUGAGGGUCAUCGGUAGGAAUGAGAAAGAACUGAAGAAGAUCAAGACCAUUAUUGAGGUCAAGAAGGCUCCAGGUGCGAGAGUCCUCCGAGACCAACUGUACCCAGUCAAAGUUGACAACAUCAACCGUGCGGCCGUCCUCGACCAGGAAGGCAAGGUCCUUCCAGGAGCAAUGGAAGCUUUGGGCAAGGAGAAUGAAGUCCAGAUUGCCAAGAUGGCCUGGUUGAGUCGAAAACACGAUGCCAGGAGACUCCUACAGGAACGCUACUUCCUUGCAGCGGGUGAAUCGGCAUAUACCAGCGCGUUUGAGCGGAGAACCGGACCGAUACAAUGCUACAACUGCCAGGAGCUUGGCCACAAGGCCUUCUCGUGCAGCAAGAAUCGGACCGCACGAGUCGUUCAGCAGAAGCUGCCCGAAACUCUAUCCUACCCGGCAUGA